GCAAUCUAUAAGUAAUGCUGAUCUGGGUUGGAUACCAGUACGUACCACUAGAAAUUGCACAAAAAAGGCAAACCAUUUACAUAUGGUAUGUCAAAGAUUGCUUUAUACGUGCAUCUGGAAAAUAUUUUCAUGAUUUCGAAAAAAAAAACUUCAACAAAAUCAAAGCUAAAACAGUAUAAGAUAGAAUAGCUAAAAUGUCUUUAAAUGUAACAUAUUUGCAGGUGGAAGAUAUUCAAUAUUCUUCUGUCUUGUCACUUGCUAUAGUUGAAUUGGCAACAUAAAAGACAGGAUAAGUUGACGCUUUUGUCAUGUAUGUCUUCCCAAGUUCCAAAAGAAGAACUUGGAUUGCUACCGCUCUGGAGACAAACUAGAGGGGAUGAUAGAGCGUAUGCCGAGCAAAAAUACCUUGAAGACAUUAAAAUCGUUUAAAUAACAACUUAUUGAGCCAGACAGGAAAAAAUAAAGGAGCAAUUACGAUUCUUCGAAGCAAAAUAAAUUGCGAAAUUCUUACGUUUCACUGAAUAAUACACCAAGAAGCGCUUUUUGACCAAACGAUUCAGGCCGAAAUAGUUGAGUUUGGUAAUCAAGAUUGUUAAUAGCAUCUUGUCAAAAGCACUUAACCAUCGUCAGUUUAAAGAAUUCUUAAGCGAAAUGGAAACUCCAUAUUACGAUCUCCUUCACAAUAAAGUGUGAGAUGGCUUUCCAAAGGUGUUGAAACGUUUUGGUUUGUGCUUGAAUGAAUUAAAUACAUUCCUCAAUAAAACAAGAUAUUUAUCACCCUGAAUUAGAGAACAGCAAAAGGUUGCAAAAAUGUUAACUUUACAUAACAGCGAAAUUAAAUGAGCUGAAUGUUAAACCACAAAGAAAUGGAAACCCAGCCGAUGUUUGUAGAAGAUUUGGCUUCUUUUAAAAAAAAAUAUUAUUGCAGAAAGGCGUCUAUCAAGGGUAUCAUCUAGUGAAGCACUGAAGUUGAAGUCAUGGCAGAUGAAAAUCAGUUGAUCAUCUUAAACCGACUCGAAAAGAUAAAAGAAAUACGACUCAAGACUUUGUCUCUCGAGAAGCUGAGAUCUCGACUGAAACAAGAAAUAGAAAUCACAGAAACGGAAGAAAAAUGUCUUGAAGAAUAUAAACGAGAAAUGGAGCUUCUGUUACAAGAGAAGAUGGCCCAUGUGGAGGAACUUAGAUUGAUUCAUGCUGAUAUCAAUUUGAUGGAGACUACAAUCAAACAAGCAGAAGAAGAAAGAGCCAAAGCUUACGAAAAUGCAAAAAGACUUUUUGAAGAAUGUCAGCCACUUAAAGAGGAAGUUGAUAUUCUUCGUAUGAGGGCUGGCCUUGACAUUGUCUCUGAUGUUUCAGAAGAUACUGACAAAUUUAAAUCAGAUUUUUUUGAAAAGCCUCCAACUUCAGAGUGGAAUGCUGAGCCACCUGAGCCUCCCAUCCCUCAGACUCUUGCUGUGGCGGCUGCCGCUGCCCACCAAAUACAAGUUCCUAGGAACAAAAACGACAGACAGGCUUUCAGGCAACAGCCCCCACCCAUGAAGGCUUGCUUGUCAUGUCAUCAACAGAUCCAUCGCAAUGCUCCCAUAUGUCCUCUUUGUAAAGCCAAAAGUCGUUCGAGAAAUCCAAAGCGGCCCAAACGAAAACCAGAUGAAUAAAAAACGUAUUUAGAAAUCAUUUGUAACAUUCCAUCACUAAAAUUAUAGAUCAAGAGUUCUUAUGAUAGUGAAUAUCAAUGUAAAGACCAACUGAAGAUUUAGUUGUUGCCUGAGUUAAUUAUAGACAGUAAAUUAUAAAUUAUAAUUAGUUUAGGUUUCAAAGAAAAGGUGUUUAACUAAAGUAGAUAUUGAAUUUUUGGUAGCAAAAAUGCUAAAGGAAUAAUUUAUGUUGAAAACAAACCUAUGUUCUGAUAUCCACUUUUCUGGGAGUUUUGAAAUCAAAAAAACAUUUUGCUGGCUAAUCAGACUUCCUUCAGUAAUGGUAAGGAAAAAACGUAAUCUAGCCAUCAAUGUAAAGUUUCUAUUUUAAUAAUUGCUCAUGUCACUAUAAGUUAGAAAGUGAUAUCUGAUUGACUUAUAAAUGUAAAACAAAAGUUGUAUACCUUGUAAUCCAAUCUUUAAUGUUUGGGGAAAAAAAGCCAAAUUUUAAGCAUUAAAAUAUCAAAAAUACCUAAAUUCACAUUUUCGCCAUAAGUUUUUCCUGAAAGUAACUGUCACUUAAUAUUUCAGUGUACUUAAACAGAACUGAGUACUUAGCACUAUGAAAUGAUAACAUUUACUGGAUAAUACUUGUCUUGUUGCCUAGGGUGAUUAGCAAAAUAUUUAAAUAGCAUAAUUAGUCACAAACUCAAAAGCUAACAUCUAAUUCAUUUUUGUAAGUAUGCAUAACUGAAUAUGAUGAAUGUACUAGCAUUUAUAAUGUUUGACAUAGAAACCUCUUUAUGUGACUGUGGCAGGUCGGCAGUGCUAUUGUAUUUAGCUGUUUGUAUGUCCUAUUCUUUAUACGGUAAGGAUUGUUUACUUGAUGUUGAUUGAGGUGUUUGUUCUCUAGACUGAUCUUUUCAAACUUAUCAGAUCAGUAAACAAAUGUGCUAUUCAUGUCUUUGAUUCAAGUUGUGAUUCAAAGAAGACAGUAGAAAGUUGACCACUGUCCCAUGUUUGUAAAAACACCUCAUGUAGUUGUUUUACUGUAACAUUACCUCAGUAAUAUAUGUGGGUACAUUUUUUUUAUUAUACUGAUCUUUAUUAUCUGUCAGGAAAUUUGUCUUACAAUUGUGUUUGUAGAAAUGUUAGCAUGCCGUGAUUGUAGAAUUACAAUUCAAUGAGUUUCUGUAUCAUUUAGAAAAUCCAUUUUGUUAAAUAUUUCUAUACGUUCAUAUUUUUUUUUGUAGAAUGGAACUUUAUAGUGGUUUAUGUUGGUAGAACUGUGAAUCUCAUAAUGAUUUGUACUUUUCAUUGUAAUAUAUUCAUUUGGAUUGGCAUUUAUGCCUUAUAGAAAUAAACAAUAUAGCUGAA